AUGAAAUUUUUGGUUGUUGUUGUUUUUGGUCCUGGAAAUGUGAUUUUUGCAGCGGGGGAAGGAUCUGGGGCCCUGCGGGCGCCUCGGAGCGCGAAGGCGGCGGCUCGGGUUCUCGGCGGGGUCCGCGCAGUGGCCGAGGGAGCUCCUGGGUGGCGGCGGCGGCGGCGGUUCUCCUGGGCUGGACGGCGUAACCGAGGCAAGAAAAUCAGCAGGCAGCCGCGUGCUAUUUUUGCGCGGGGGCCGAGCGCAGAGGCGGAGGGCGGCGGGGUCCCUGCAAAGGGGCGGUUGGGGGCCGGCGCUGUCUUCUCGCCGAGGCGCGCAGCGGGCGCGGCGCGGAAAGGCUGCGGCUCCGACGUGGGCGCAGGCUGGGAGUGCCCGCCUCGAGGUCUCCUUACUUACCCACCACGGGACACCAGCCCCAGCGACGACCUUGGACGAUUUCAACGCGCAGGCACCUCGAUCCCCCGAAUUCGUGGUGUGGCCGUCAGCGGGCCGCGCGGGGCACCAGGGCCGCGGCGCCCGCGUGGCGUGAGCAUCUUGAGGAAGCUGGAGAGCGGCUGGGGCGGGGAUGGACAGGGGCAGGAGCUGAAACAUCCUCAGGACUUGGUUGGGAGUCGCAAAGGGAGCCGGCUAUGCAGAUCAGGAUUCGGCCCGAAGGAGUUUGGUGUGGAAAAGGGUGUCAACCAGGACCCCACGCGGCCGUCAAUUAGAGGAAGCCCAAGGCAGGGUGCACAGAAGCGUGGGCCGGCCAGGGCGGCCUGGGACUCGCCACUGGGCCUGGCUGGGGUCACCCAGGGGAGACCUUUAACUCCACCUUGGAUAUUGUACUUUGGAAGCAGGCAGAGUCAGGCCCCAGGCCGGCAAGGGAGCCCCACCCCACAAAGGGAGCCCCACCCCAAGGACUCGGAAAGGACAGUCCAUUCCUCUCCCGCUGGGCGCUUUCGGCGGCGGAGUCCGCGGUUGGGGAUGGAAAGUGAGAAGGUGCAGAUCAUUCUCGGGGAAGUCCAACCGAAACCAGCCCUCCCCUGCCCUCUGGAGUCUUCGUUUUCCAGCCUACAUCUGCUUGUGACUCCAGAAAGAGACUUCAGAUUGGCCAAGGCCCAGUUUAAAUGCCACCUCCUCCAGGAAGCUUUUCCAGCCUCCUCAAGACCUAGCCCGACGACGGCGACGGGCCAGGUGGCGUCGGAGGUCACCGCUUGCCUGAAUGCCCCGAGCCAAGAGCAACCGCGGUUCCGCGGGGAUCGCAAGGGCCUCAGGCCUCGCAGGACCGUGGGCGCUGGAGAGUGAGAUGUGGGGCUGCGGCCGCCACCCGGGAAUGUUGGGGGACAAGGGGCGCUGCUCCGGAUUUAGGCCGCCGGCCCUCCAGCCCUGCCUUGGCUGUUGGGCCGCCUCCUUCACCUUGGUUAAGUUCUCCUUUUGCUCCCCAUUCCCGCCCGGGGUGCCCGCCACCAAGGAGGCCGGUUCGCCGCACCUUAGGCCAGGGGAGGUCACUGCUCUGGGGCGGGACGGAUCCCCAGCUUCCCCCAGCUCGUCUCCGAGGACCUUUCGCCGGAGGCGGGCAGGAAGGGGUUAAGAGCACCCCUCCCCCCGCCCCCCGCGGCCAAUCCAGAGCCCUGGGCUGCGGGCGAAGGCCGCCGCUUCCCUCCUGAGGUCUCAUUAGGGAAACCCUCACCGCUAUUUUCAACAUUUCCUCAAUCAAGUGCCUUUAAAUAGAGCUGCACAAACAAAUUGGCGGCAAAAGCGUAGAUCUUGUCACGAUUGAGACCAAUCCAAUAUUUCAGCCUUGUUUGCUUUGCAAUUACGGCUUGGCUUGUGGCUGCGGUGCCACCGGGGCAAAUCUGCAGCCGCCCGCUUUCUCCUCGGCACCCUCGGCGGGCGGAGGAAGCGACCCGCAGCCCCGCGGGAGGGAGGGGGGUGGCGCUGGAGGAGGUGGCGCGAGGGCGAGGGGCGGGCGGCGGAGCCCUCCCGAAGCCCGCGUGCGAAGGGCGCCGGCCCUGGAAGGAGGCUGGACUUCUCAGGUUCCUGGCCGAGCCCCUGCGAGACAUACAGUAACAAUAAAACGUGCGGUACGCCUGCCGAAACCAGUGUCGCGUCCUUAUCCGGCUCCUUUCCCCCCCCUCUUCCCUUGCCCCUCACUUCCGUCUCCACUGCAUCUUUCUUCGGUAUUUGUUAGCGGUUACCGGUUUCCCCUUCUUUCUUGCUGUUAAACUGCAAGCAUGAUUUGUUAUGUUUUCCAUAGCUGCUUAUUCUUGUUUGACUUCUUGUGCAAAGGCGCUUUAAAUCUGCUGCAGGAAGAGCAAAGCUCCAAAUGGUUUGGAUGGGCUCCUGCAGGCGCCUGGCUGCCCCCCUGCCCCCCCCCCCCCCCUCCAGUUCUUGCGGGAUGGCUCUGGUGUAAAUCUGCCGCUGCGUGCGUUCGGUCACCGCGCCGGCCAGCAGAGUUUGUAUCAGCAGAACAGUAGUUAACUCAAAUCAGGUCCUAAGCCUUGUAUUUCACAGACAAUUAAGUCUUGGCUGCUGUUGAACAAAAUUGUAAUAUUUACUCUGCUCUGUACUGAGGAGCACUUUUAAAGUCAAAAACAAAUACAUUUCAAAGAGAAAAUAUGAUAAUAAAUCUCUUUUUAUGGAUUUUCCCUGCA